AUGCAUCUGGAAAAGAAGUUGAACCUCCUGUCCCUGGACGGCGGAGGCAUCCGCGGUCUCUCCUCCCUCUAUGUUCUCAAGGAUAUGAUGGAAGCAAUCGAUCCAUAUCGUCCACCAAAACCAUGUGAAGUCUUCGAUAUGAUCGGUGGGACAAGCACAGGCGGAUUAAUCGCUAUCAUGCUGGGCCGCCUCAAGAUGGACGUGGACCAAUGCAUCAACGUAUACAUUCGACUCUCCCAGCAGGCUUUUACCAGGAAGAAUUAUAUCCCCGUCACUCCACGGCUUUCCUUUAGGGCGCGCUUCGACAGCAAGAGGCUCGAACAGGCCUUGAAGACUGUAGUGGUCGAACAGGGUCUGGACGAGGAUGCACUCCUCCAGGACCCUGAUACGUCCUGCCGCGUCUUUGUCUGCGCGACGCGGGAAACAACUGGCAGUGUCACCAGCUUCACGAGCUUCCAUCAUUUCCGCGGAGAGAGGGACUUGUACAAAGUCUUGAAGAUCUGGGAGGCUGGAAGGGCGACUUCCGCUGCGCCGUCGUUCUUUGAUCCGUUGGUAGUAAUCGAUCCGGUGAUGGGGAAUAGGCGGGCGUUUCUCGAUGGGGCUCUUGGAGCUAACAAUGCUGUUCGACAAGUGUGGCGCCAUGCUGCGGAUGUAUGGGGAUCAGAAAACCUGAAGAGUCAGCUGGGAUGUCUGGUGUCUUUGGGUACUGGCAUGCGGCCUGAGAUGAACUAUACUGGGGGAUGGAUCCAAGAGCUUAAGCUGAAGAAGCAUAUUCUGACAGAUACGGAGUUUGAAGCGCAGACUUUUGCCGAUGAGCAUUAUGAUCUAGUCGAGGAACACCGGUACUUCCGAUUCAGCGUUUCGGAUGGAUUGGGGGAUGUUGGACUGGAGGAGGUGAAGAAGAUGGACAAGAUUGUGUUUGAGACGAGGAAGUAUCUUGUCAAUGACGCUGUUCGCCAGGAGAUUGCGAUGUGUGCUGCAUCGUUGCAACAGAGGCAGGUUUGA